CACGUGACCAAGAGCCGCCUAGAGCACAAGUCCUGCUAGUCGCCUCCGUCUGGGUACCAGCCCCCUAUUACUCUGCAGGCGUGUGAAGAAAGAAGGAAACUAGCUCGGACUGUGCAGAUUCAUCACAAGAGAGCUACAAGAGCCUAGAAGAAGCUAAAGACUGCUACCCUCCAUCCUUACUCACCCUGGACCUGAGAGACCUCUUCAAUCAGGUGGAGCAAGGCCCUCUCCUGUCCUGCCCCAAGGCUGGCACGGACUUGAGCAUGGGCCGGGCUCGGGAAGUGGGUUGGAUGGCGGCAGGACUGAUGAUUGGGGCUGGUGCCUGCUACUGCGUUUACAAACUGACCAUAGGAAGAGAUGACAGUGAGAAGCUGGAGGAGGAGGAGGAAGAGGAGUGGGACGAUGACCAGGAGCUGGAUGAGGAGGAGCCUGAUAUUUGGUUUGAUAUUGAAACUAUGGCUCGACCCUGGAGUGAGGAUGGGGAUUGGACUGAACCUGGGGCCCCAGGUGGCACUGAAGACAGGCCCUCAGGGGGAGGCAAGGCCAACCGAGCACACCCAAUAAAACAGCGGCCAUUCCCCUAUGAACAUAAAAAUACUUGGAGUGCUCAAAAUUGUAAAAAUGGCAAUUGUGUUCUGGACCUCUCCAAGUGUCUUUUCAUUCAGGGAAAACUGUUGUUUGCUGAGCCCAAGGAUGCGGGCUUUCCAUUUAGCCAGGAUAUCAAUAGCCAUUUGGCCAGUCUCUCAAUGGUUAGAAACACGGGCCCCACACCAGACCCCACUGUUAGAGAGGCUUUGUGUGCCACGGAUAACUUAAAUGCCAGCAUUGAAAGUGAGGGCCAGAUUAAGAUGUACAUC